ACGGGGAUAAAGAACUCCAACACCCGGGGGAAUACGCGCCGCUGCUCGGAUUAAAAUUACGCAUUUCACCGCUGGCGCUUGCUGGAGACUUCUGCCAUGGCUCUAACACAGCAAUCCGUGCUGUCUUUCCUGAUCGAAGAGGGGGGCAAGGUGAAGAAAACCGAGCUGGUGCAAAGGUUCAAAGGUUUCUUAGACUGCGACGAUCCCGAGGAGAGGGAGCGUAACCGGGAGUUGUUUAAAAAUUUUGUCAACAACGUCGCCGUGGUUAAAGAAAUAGACGGUGCGCGUUUCGUGGUGGUCAGGAAGAAAUACGAGCCGUUAGUGGAGAGUUACCAAAAGCAGGAGAGAGCUGGGUUCGCGGGAGAAGACGUGGAUGCCGUGCGUAAAGGUGAGCUGCAGCGCCCACCUGUGCAAAGCGAGGAAGAGAGCAAUGGCGAUGGAUUAGGCCCAGAAGAACAUACUAAUAAUCAUAAUGAAAGUUGUGAAAAUGACUCUGAAACCUUUAACCCAAUUCAGAUGGCUUUACAGAGGUGCAAAUAUGACUUAAAACCGAAAAGGAGUAUGAAUUUUGACAUCCAAAACGCAGAGACAAAUCAGUCUAGUAGUGCGCAAAGCAAGCCUUACGCAUUACCUUUGAGGAUGCCACCCACCAAAAUAGAAAUACACAAGCUAAAAUCAGCUUAUGAGUCUAAUAGUCUGAAAAUUGAGCCAUCCAGGGACCAGAAGUUAACCAGGCCCGCUCCAAUGGGUUCACCAAAUUUGAAAAGGUACGCAAAAAACACCAAAAUAUCUACUGAGAUGAAAGAAACCCGUGUUCCGUCUAUGGUGCCACUGGAUCAAAUCGAACACGAGUGGCUGGUGAAAUGCGCAUCCGGGCACUGGAGUCAAGUCUACGGGCUGCUGCUGAGUGACAGCCAGCUUGCAGAGAAGAAAGACUUUAUUUCUGGGUUCACCGCUUUGCACUGGGCCGCUAAGUUUGGGAAGAGCGAUAUACUGGAGAAGAUUUUCGAAGUCUCUAAGCAGGGAGGGGUGGACGUGGAUGUGAACGCGAAGACGCACGGGGGAUACACGCCGUUGCACAUCGCAGCCCUGCACGAUCAAGAGUACAUUCUGGGGAUGUUGGUAGGCGAGUACGGAGCCGAUCCCAAAAUACGGGAUAACUGUGGGAAGAGAGCGUACCACUAUUUGCAUAAAGGCGUGUCUCAGACUAUCAGGGAGAUGCUCGGACAGCCCAAAUUCACCAGUAAGGAGGUGUAUAAAGUGAACCACCAGAAAGAAGAGCCAGAAGUUUUUCCGGAUCUACCCAAAGGUCUACACUCGAUAAGUAAACUGUUUCAGCCGAAUUUGAGUGGACACAGGAAGAAGUCAAAGCAAAGGCCCACUCUGUACUCUCUCCACGAUGAACCGGAGUUGGAGGAGCGUGAGGAGGGCAGUGCAGGGGGCAAACAUAGACUACUGUCAGAUGUCUUUAUGUGAAAAUGUAAAAAUAAGAAGAUGUAAGCUGUAAAUCAUUAUCUGUCUGGACACUGACUGACUUGUAGGUGUUGCAAUUCCUGGACUCUGUUUGGUACGUUCAAAAGACAAUAACAGACUUGCAUGAAGAAUUACAACUAACAGACGCGGCGCUACCAUUAGGCAAAAUUAGGUGGCCGCUUAGGGUCCCCGCACCUGGAGGGCCCCCCUAACAGUUGCAUUUGUUGUUACCAUUAAUGGCUGAGGCCUCAGAGCAGUUUGUUUUUUUCCUCAAUAUGACAUUAAAUGAGAGUAGUCUAUUUUAUUUUUGACAUCCAAAACGCAGAGAUAAAAACAGGCUUGUAGUGUGCAAAGCAAGCCUUACACAUUGCUUUUAAGGAUAUCACCCACCAAAUUAGAAAUAAACAAGCUAAAAUCAGAUUAUGAGUCUAACAGUUCGAAACUUGAACCAUCCAGGGACUAGAAGUUAACCAGGCCAGCUCCAAUGGGUUCACCAAUUUUGAAAAGAUAUGCAAAAAAUAUCUACCGAGAUGAAAGAAAACCGUGUUCCAUCAUAAUAGUAUCUGAUUGUCAAAUCUGUUUUAACUGUCAAAGCGACCCUGAUUUGAACAUAAUCAUAGCAUAAUCAUAAUCAUAAUAAAAUAUAAUUGUACUAGCAAAAAAAUAAAACUACUUUCAGCUCUGGUUUUCUAUUAGACUAUCGAACUAAUAAGACAAGUUUCCAAUCCACCAUAAUUCAAAUAGAGAUAUGCAUGUCUCAAGAACAAUGGGAAAAAACAGACAAUAAAUAUUAAAAAAAAUAUACAAAACAAAACCAAACAAUAAAACAGUGCAUUACAAUGAGGGCCCCAAACUCAAGUUCGCCUAGGACCUCCAAAUUGUUAACUCCGCCACUGACAACAAAACAUAAAAUAAUACGAAGAAAGUUAUAGGUAUCUUUAGUGUAAUAUGGGACAUUUAAAUCCAGAUGACCUUCAAUUCAAGUUGUACGCCUUGAGAACCUCUGUUUAUAGGUACAUUUACAAAAAAAUAAGAGUAAAAAUAGUUAAAUUACAGGCCGAUUUGUUUAAGUUUCACACAAGAAAAUUCACAGACCUCACGGGGUCAUGUAAAGGUCAACCAAGUCCUAAAGCCCGAAUACUGUAGGUGUGGCUGAUUGCUUGUCUGUGUACGUUUCAAAGUGUGGAGCUUGUGAUUUGCUGUAUUUGUCAAUAUGUCAACACAGGCUGAGAUUACUGUCAGCAUAAGAUUUAGCUUCCAUCAAACACUCUCAACUCAGCUGUGUGUUAUUACUGGUAUCGUAAACCUCAAAUACACUGUUAAGUGAAAUAUCUUUUGUAAAUCUGUAGCUUUAUUCGUCAAGAAAUAGUCAGUUUUAAAGGUGCAUUGUGUAACGUUUCUGGUGCAGGGUCUGUUGGACAUGUUAUUGCUUUGUCUGGAAUGUUUCACAGUAUGGCAUUAAACAUUUCUAUCUUCAUGGAGAUCAAACCAAGCCAAGGUCAAGGUUACAGGUCAGAUCUGUGCAAAGGCGAACCCGCUCGCAGUCAGAAUGUUUGUUUCUCUGGGUAUUUUUGAUCGAUAAAACCACCUGUAUUUAAACGUAAAGCAGAGCUGUUUAAUGUCAUACUGUGGAACAUUCCAGGCAGAGCAAUGACAUAUCCAUAGCAACAAACAAGUGACGGACCCCAAGCCAAGAAAGUUACACAAUGAAUCUUUAAAGUAAUACUUGUCUGCAGAAAUGAAAAUGUGUUUGAAAUGAAAGACUUGACUGUGGUUGUACGUGAUGAUUUUGAGCUCUGUAAUUAUUUAAGCGUUUGUUAUUAUAUCGCUGUGAAGUUGAAUGAUUCAUUGUUGUAGCCUGCAGCACUUCGAGCAGUAUGCAGGAGGCUCCUGUGUGUGCAUUGUACAUUGUGAACUGGUCUUGUUUUUAGACUUAACUGCUUGUACAUUUGAAUAACAAUACCCCAGCUUUGUUACUCUACUGUAAUGUUAGACCAGUGAUUAAAUUAUAGGACUGAAAAUAAAAAUAAUGACCACAUCU